UUUGUGUCUGACAGGAAAAUUUUGGAGCAGAGAGACUCAGUUUAUGAGAAGAUCUCUCAAUAUCUGCAGCUGAAGAACACCAUACAGAGCCUGCAGGACUCGGGCUCGAAGCAGCUGAAGACGGACGUGGAUCUGGGCUGUAACUUCUUCGUCCAGGCUGAAGUGGAGGACUCGUCCAGGAUCUUCGUGGCGGUCGGUUACGGUUUCUUCGUGGAGAUGACUCACGAUGAAGCUCUGCGGUUCAUCGAGAAGAAGACGAGUCAGCUGACAGCCUUCUCGGAGCAGCUCACCAAAGACGCCGCCAAGAUCAAAGCCAACAUCCGCAUGGUGCUCGAGGUCAGUCCGCUUCCUGCGGCUCUAAUUCAUGUUUUCACCCGGAAAAGUUUCUCACCAGCAACUGAAAAUGAAAAUGGUGUUUAG